AAAUUAUAAUUGAAUGAAUUAAGGAGAGAAUGUUAACAAAUAAGAAGAUGAUCAUAGAUUAACUGAUGAAGAUCAAACAUUUAUUAAUGAAUAGACAGAUGAUGAUAAGCGAUUCUCUAAUACAGUUGUUGAUAGAUGGGAAUAAGGAGGAUUAGAAGCCUUGUUGGUAAGAUUGAAUAUAAAUGGAAAUUAGGAAUUAGAAAAUCGAAAUAAGUAGGAAUUUUUAAGUUCAGAAGAGAAAAGUAUGUUUUCAGAGUUCAUUGUUAUAUGUUAGAUCAGAAAGGAUAAAUAUAUAAAUGAAUAAGACCCACAUCUUUAAUUUUUGAUGGAAAAAGCUGUAUACAAAGGAGUUUAAAAGAUUCUAAUAAAAGCUUAAAAAAUUUAAGACAAAGAACAAUGGCAAGUAUGUAUGAUUACAAUAUUAGAGAGAACAAUAAAGAUUGAUGAGACUAUUCUAUUCAGAUAUGAAUAUUGGUUUUAUUACAUCAACAGGGUAAUUAAAAUCAACAGUUUUCAUUUAUGUUCAUAUAUCUAUUGCAAGUAAUUUAGACAAUCGAUAAAUAAAUAUGAAUUUUAAUAAAGAGGAUCUAAAAAUUAUAGCAAAUUAUUUUUCAAUAGAUGAAAGAAAUAAAUCUAGUAAAUCUAGUCCAGAAUUCACAUCUCCUAUUUUAACUAAAUAAAAAUCAGAAAAAGAGUAAUUUAUACAAAGUAGUGCAGGUUCAAAAACUUUAUCAUAGAAUGAAGGUGAAGUUGAAAAUUAGUUAAAAAAAAGUCUGCCUCUUUGUCAUUAAAGUAAUUGGUUAAAAUAAGAAUUUAUUAAGAAAGAUUAUUUUAAAAAACAAUUCUUAAUUCUUUAAAAAACAAAUGAGAAUGAUUUAAAAUCAGGAGUUUAAAUAUUUUUUGUAUAUCGAAUUAAAGAUGAUUAAAUAUAUGCUGUGAAAAAAGUAUUAUACAAAUAAUAAUAUUUUAUAGUCAAAAUUGGCUUCUGAUGUAAUUUCCUUUUUUGAUGUAUUUUCAACAGUAAAUCUUUCAGAAAUUACAAAUGAUUAAAGGAAAAUUCGUGAGGCUAAAAUAUUAUCUAAAUUAAAUCAUCCUAAUGUUUUAACUCUCUAUGAUUGGUGGAUUGAAGAGGAAGAAUGUGGUUAUUCACUUUAUCUAAUGUCUGAAUUUUGUUCAUAUCCAGGACUUAAACAUUAAACAAAUGAUUUACUUAAUUAUGCUUAUUAUUAUUUAAAUCCAAUGAAUUGUAAAGAAAAGAUAGAAUAAAUAAAAACAAUAAUGUUAUAAAUUAUGGAUGGACUUGAAUAUAUUCAUAAAAGAGGAAUCGUACACAGAGAUUUAAAACCUGAAAAUAUAUUUGUAACUUAUGGUAUUGAUUGUUAAUUGUAAGUUAUGUUGGCUGAUUUUGAUUAAGGAAAAGAUGUAAGAGAAUCAAAAUUAUCUAUUAUUACAGAUGAAAAAUUAAAUGAUAAAGAUUUAAACUCAAUUAAAUCAAGAAAUACAAUUAAUUCUGGUACUAGUGGUUAUGCUACAGCGAAUUCUUAAAUAAAUAAGGAAUAUGAUAAAAUGGAUGAAUUUUAUGCAUUAGGAGUCACUCUUCUUCAUUUAAUUUUAGCAUUUCCAGGAGAACCUAAAAAUCGGAAUCUAUACACAAAUACUUUUGCCAUUAGUGAUAUUUCUGAUGUCUUACUCUUAUUUGAUAGUUGGGCUGUUAAAUUAGUUAAAAAUAAACAUCCAGAAUUUAAUUUCUAAUAAUAUUUUCAUCUUAUGGAACUUGCUAAAGCUCUUCUUGAAAAAAAAGUUAAAGAACAUGAUCAUAUUAGAAAAAUCAUACAAAAAUGGUGA